CAUCAUGACGAAAGCGUUCUUGAUAUUCACCUCCAGUUCACGUGGAAGGUUUUGCUCGGUAUUCUUUGUCCCGUAAAAUGGGGUCGUCAUGUUCACUGGACCGAGACCUCGUCAGUGAUAGCUAUGGAUCUGCAAUACUUAUACACGCCAUCCACCGCACCCAAUAUGCUCCUGUAUAUUUGUGUAUCGAUUUGCAGGACUGCAGGACUAUAUCUCACCAAUGUCAACGAUGAGAGCAAUCACGCUAUACUGCCAGCUCGCCCUCGCCACGCUUGCGGCGGCCGAUGUUCAAUACGGUGAAUAUAUCCUGGCUCCAUCAUCACGGACACUAGCUCCUGCGUCUGUAUACCAAACAGGUGGUGAUGUGGAAGGCUUCGAUGCCCUCGUCGACCCCGCGAGCCAGGCUUCUACGACACUAGAUGGAGAAGGUUAUGUCACUCUGGACUUUGGCAAGAACAUCGCUGGCACUGUUAGCUUCCAGGUCGACACGCUGGAGGGCGAUGAUGAGGCCAUCGGUUUCACGUUUACCGAGAGCUCAGAAUGGAUCAGCGCCGAGUAUUGUGAUGCUACACAAGAUGAUGGCAUUGAUUUGCCCUUAUGGUUCAAUCUGACUGGACCUGGUCUCUAUGAAGCUGACAAGGCGCACCAGAGAGGUGGUUUUCGAUAUCUCACUGUUGUCCAUAACGCAACCGGCACUGUGAGCAUCUCUAACUUGACGGUCUAUUGGAUAACUUCGCCUGAGAUGGACAACCCCGCGGCAUAUACCGGUCACUUUCACAGCAACAGUGAGAAGCUGAACCGCGUGUGGUAUGCCGGCGCCUAUACGAACCAGCUAUGUUCUAUAGAUCCGACCACUGGAAAUUCCCUUGGUCAGCCUCUGGAGGGGUGGCACUACGACUACACCAUCUCAAAUGGCACCUCGGUUCUCGUUGACGGUGGUAAAAGAGAUAGGUUGAUCUGGCCGGGUGAUAUUGCCAUCUCAGGCCCCUCUAUCUUCGUAUCCACCAACAGUCUGGAUCCAAUCCGCAAUGGAAUCGAUGCUCUGUUCCUUCAACAGCAGGCCGAUGGACGCUUGCCAUAUGCUGGAGAACCAUUCAAUGAGUUCAUUGGCAACAAGACAAACACGACUGUUUGGCUCUGGAGUUUCACUUACCAUUGCCAUACGCUCAACGACCUUUAUGACUACUACUUGUUUACUGGUGACAUCGAGUACUUGGAGUCAUACUGGAGCCAAUAUACACUCGGAGUCAAUUAUCUGCUCCAGUUCAUCGACUCUACGGGCUUGGCGAAUGUGACCUCGAGCUCUGACUGGCUGCGUGUUGGCAUGGGUGGGCACAACAUUGAGGCCAACUCAAUUCUAUAUUUCACUCUAAAAAACGCUAUUAGUUUAGCGGCCGUCGUCAACGACAAGAGCGACGUCGGCAAUUGGACCAUAUCUGCUGCUGGCAUUCCGCCUGCUGCCAACGACCUCCUAUGGGAUGAGUCAGUUUCGCUCUACAGAGACAACGACACUCAACAGGUUCUCUACCCGCAAGACGGCAACGCCUGGGCAAUCAUUUCUGGCGUCGCAAAUGGCUCUCGAGCCGAGGCCGUUAGCGACUCCCUCGCAGCGCGCUGGAUCCGACCAUAUGGGGCACCAGCACCUGAGGGCGGCGAGACCAUCUCACCUUUCGUGUCUGGGUUCGAGAUACAGGCACAUUACAAGGUCGGAAGGGCCGACCGAGCCGUCGACCUCACAGAGUUCAUGUAUGCUGACUUCAUGCUCGACGACCCGCGCAUGACAAACUCGAGCUUCAUUGAGGGUUACUCGACCAAUGGCAGCUUGCACUAUCCGGCUUACAAGAAUGAUCCUCGUGUCAGUCAUGCCCAUGGCUGGGCCACGGGCCCGACGUCGAGUUUAUCGUUCCUGGGCGCGGGCAUCCAGCUUUUGGCCGCCGCCGGCAAGACGUGGAAGAUCGCGCCCGCGCUUGGUGGGCUUACCAGCCUCGAAGCGGGCUACGAAACGCCACUUGGCGCAUAUGCUGCUGAGUGGCAUAACAGUAGUUGCGGUUUCACGGGGAGGUUCGAAACUCCUGAAGGCACAUCGGGAUCAUUUGACAUAGCGAUAGGACCGGGCUCGACGAAAUUGUCGCUUGAUGGUCCCGGAGGCAUCACCGAGGUCGAUGUCACGAACGAGGCAGUGGUGAGUGUUGAUGGCCUCGCUGGUGGCAAAUAUACCGUGACUAUUUCGUGAGGACAAGGGUUAAGAUAUAGCUUUUGACAAAGUAUUUGUGCGAGAUACUGCGAAUAUCGCUAUCGAUAUUUUCUAAAGAACCCUGACCAAUUUCCUCGACGUACUUUGAGGAUUCUCGUUCUAUUUCAAUACUUCCCCUAUCACCUCGUAAGAUUCCUCAAAUUGAAGCACCCAAUCUUGUUAUCGAUUUUGUGUGGGUGACUAUCCCUAUUCAUCCCGAAAUCCCUAUAAAUCAUAAACAAAGUCAUACUAACCGUGUGGAAUGCAAAUGAUCUGGCCGUAUUCGCGCGUUCUUGAUCAGUUAUGAUCUGAUAUAUCCAGGCUUGAUGUGUUUAGGAGAGGGAAAUACAUUAGCACUUCUUGUUUGACUG